AAUAUGACUACGAAAAAUCAGCGUUAGAAAACAAAUCCUAGCCAGAUAUUGUGGCGACACAACACUGAUUCAUCUUCAUCUUAUCAACAUUACUCACCACUUGCCAAUCCAAAAUCUUGGUAACGUUUCAAUCACUCUAUUAAGGAUAGACUCAUCACUUUCUAUCUCAUGAUCUUUGUCUCCUCAACAAUACAACACCAACGCCCCACCACCACAUUAAAUUCUACUCUUUAACAGGAAAAUCAUUCACCAACUUAUUAGCUGAUUAAUGACCAUGUCGAAUUCUACCUAUUCAAGUUCAAGUGAAUACCUCGAAACCCUCUUAACCUCAGCUAAACCCUUCCUCCGAAACGAACUAAAUUCUAUAGACACCAACCUCCCCUCCUUAAUUGCCAUCCUUCGUUCCGUUGGUGCAUCUGAAUGUUGGCACAAACAUGGAACUUUCCUUGAACACCUUAUCGAUAUAUUCCGAAUUCUCCACCUUUGGAAAUCACCUCAUGCUGUCUCUCUUUGUGGACUGUUCCACUCAGCAUACUCCAAUUCAUACGUUAACCUUGCGAUCUUCAAUCCUUCAACUAGUCGUGAUGUUGUUCGUGGACAUGUUGGUGUAGAAGCUGAGCGCUUAAUUCAUUUGUUUUGUGUUGUUCCUAGACAAUCUCUUAUUCAUGAUGAUCUUCUUUUUCAGUAUUCUGAUUUGGAGCUUCGUCAUGAUCUUGAAAAAUCAGAAUUGUCUUUGAGGAAUGCAAAGGAGAAGGGGGUUUUUAAUAAGGAUGAAAGUUGGAGGAAGAAAUUGCAGGGUCUUGUUCCUUUCGAUGGAGUAAAAGUGAAGCAUAUUCGUACAGGUGAAGAUGUGAAGCUUUCGAGGAGAGUUGUUGCGGUUUUUGUUAUGAUGACUAUGGCUGAUUUUUGUGAUCAGCUUUUUGGUUUUCAAGAUAUGUUGUUUGAGAAUUUUGAUGGUAGGCUUGAGUUUAAAGGGAACAAUUUUGGAGCUGUUUGGCCUGGAAAUGGUAAACCGGGUUUGUGGUUGAAUUCAAUUUCGAGGAUGGGAGCUAUUUAUAAUUUGAUUUUGAGAGAGGAAGAGAUUUUCUUGGAAGAAAAGAAGACAAAAUUAGGAGUUAAUGUUGUUGAUUCUGAGAGAGAUGAAGAUAUUGAGUUGGUUUUGCCGCCGGUUUGCAAUAAAUGUACAAAGGUUUUGGAUGCAGGGGAUCAAAUAAUUGCAAGGGAUUUGUAUUGGGAAGCUUUAAUUUGUGAAGAAGGUUUGGAGAGGAUUGAGGAGUUGUUGGUGAAGAGUAUUGAGAAAAACCCCUUUGUUGGAGAACCACAUGUGGUGUUGAGUCAAGUUUAUUUGACAAAGGGGAGAUUUGAAGAGGGUGAGAGAGAAGCUGAGAGAGGAUUGACUCUUUUACUUGAAUGGGGAUGUCAUUGGGAUAAAAGGGUUUCUUGGGAAGGUUGGAUUGCUUGGACUAGAGUUUUGUUAAUGAAGGCAAAGGAGAAAUCAUGGCCGAAUACUUCAUGGGGUAUCCUCAAUUUGGGUCUUGUAAAGUAAGGUAACUUGAGUUAGUUGGGUAUAUAUGUGGCUUCACAUAUGAAAAUAAUUCUUGGUUUGAAUUACAUAGGUAUGUGUUUAGAAGUCAAAUAAAUGAAUGGAGUAUACAGUAAUGUUUAUUUCAUUCUAUCUGUAUUCUGUACUACCAGUGAUCUUUGAUAUCCUAGGUUUAUUGUCCAAGAAUAGGUUUGUUUGUAGUCCAUAGUAUGAAACUUGUGAAUGUGAAGCAUGAUAAGGUGAAUUCUAUU